CUCCUUCGCUUCAUUUAGUCGCUGGACAACUCCGCUCCGGUGCUCUCUCUCUCUGUGACAGCAAGUCUUUUCUCCGCGUCGCUCCUGAGCCUUCCUUCUUCAAAGUCUAACGACUUAUCCUUCUGAUAAACUGCCUGUUAAGAAGAAGCUUCUACAUUUCUCAGGCUACCGUCAAUUAAAAACGGGAACUGACUGCGGCUGGUAACAAAAAUCGGAUUAAUUUAUCAUUUUGCUGACAGAAGUGCUUGGUUUGACAAGCCCGGACCCUCCUAACGAGUAUAUCCGAAUAGACCCCCACCCAACUCUCGCUCUUCUCUUUUUUUCUUCUAAGUUCUGAACUUUUCACUGCGAGCGCGCGCCUGGCAUUGCCCUGCGAAAACUUUUUUUUUUGUUGUGCGUUCCCACUCGUGCGGUAAAUUUCACACACUGGUCUCGCGGAUUACGGUAUAAAAAGGGACGAACAAACGUAAAACAUGAGCCAUAACACGUACUACGACCAGCAGCAGCAGCCUGAGUACUACCAGGGCACCGAUAACGGGGACGACCAGGAAGACGAGAUGCCUGCCACGGAAAAGGACCUGGCGGAGGAUGCGCCCUGGAAGAAGAUCCAGCAAAACACCUUCACCAGGUGGUGCAACGAACACCUGAAAUGCGUAAACAAGACGAUAAACGACCUCCAAAAAGACCUGGGCGACGGGCUCAAGCUCGUCAGUCUCCUGGAGGUUUUAAGUCAGAAGAAAAUGUACAGAAAAUACCACACGAGACCCAAUUUCAGGCAGAUGAAACUGGAAAAUGUGUCGGUGGCGCUGGAAUUCCUGGAGCGAGAACGCAUCAAACUGGUCUCCAUAGACUCCAAGGCCAUUGUGGACGGGAACCUGAAGCUGAUCCUGGGCAUGAUCUGGACGCUGAUCCUGCACUACUCCAUCUCCAUGCCCAUGUGGGACGAUGAGGAGGACGAAGACCUGAAGAAGCUGACGCCCAAGCAGAGGCUCCUGGGCUGGAUCCAGAACAAGGUCCCGCAGCUGCCCAUCAACAACUUCAACAAGGACUGGAGGGACGGCAAGGCCCUGGGUGCCCUGGUAGACAACUGCGCCCCCGGUCUCUGCCCUGACUGGCAGACCUGGGACCCCAGCCAGCCCGUGGAGAAUGCCCGGGAAGCCAUGCAGCAAGCCGACGAUUGGCUGGGCGUGCCACAGGUGAUUGCUCCAGAGGAGAUUGUGGACCCCAAUGUGGACGACCACUCUGUGAUGACCUACCUGUCCCAGUUCCCCAAGGCCAAGCUGAAGCCCGGUGCCCCUCUGCGCCCCAAAGUAGUGCACCCCAAUAUGGCCAAAGCUUACGGACCAGGCAUCGAGCCCCAUGGCAACAUCGUGCUGAAGCCCGCCCACUUCACCGUGGAGACGUGGGAGGCAGGGCUCGGCGAGGUCAUCGUGUAUGUGGAGGACCCUGAGGGACACACAGAGGAGGCCAAAGUUGUUCCCAACAACGACCCAAAACGGACCUACUCUGUGACCUACGUGCCCAAAGUGGAGGGCCUUCACAAGGUGAAGGUGCUCUUUGCCGGGCAGGACAUUGACAAGAGCCCCUUCAUGGUGAACAUCUCCAAGGCCAUGGGAGACCCCAACAAGGUGUCCGCGCGCGGGCCAGGCCUGGAGCCAGUCGGCAACGUCGCUAACAAGCCCACCUACUUCGACAUCUACACCGCAGGUGCUGGAGCAGGGGACGUGAGCGUGGUCAUCGUAGACCCUCAGGGCAAGCGGGACACGGUGGAGAUUGUUCUGGAAAACAAGGGCGACAGCACCUUCCGCUGCACCUACCGGCCCGUGAUGGAGGGAGCGCACACCAUCCACGUCACCUUCGCCGGCCAGCAGAUCCCCAAGAGCCCCUUCACCGUCAACAUCUCAGAAGCCUGUAACCCCAGUGUCUGCAGGGCCACCGGGCGGGGCCUCCAGCCCAAGGGGGUUCGGGUGAAGGAGGUGGCCGACUUCAAGGUGUUCACCAAGGGGGCGGGCAGCGGGGAGCUCAAAGUGUCGGUGAAAGGCCCAAAAGGCGGAGAGGAGCCGGUGAAGGUGCGUGACGUGGGAGACGGCGUGUUCGAGUGUGACUACUACCCCGUCACUCCCGGGAAAUACACCGUCUCCAUCACCUGGGGCGGCCAGGCCAUUCCACGCAGCCCGUUCGAGGUGGAGGUGGCCGCCGAGGCGGGGCUGCAGAAGGUGCGGGCCUGGGGCCCGGGGCUGGUGACCGGACGCGUGGGGAAGUCCGCCGACUUCGUGGUGGAGGCCAUCGGCACGGAAGUGGGCACCCUGGGGUUCUCCAUCGAGGGUCCGUCCCAGGCGAAGAUCGAGUGUGACGAUAAGGACGACGGCUCGUGCGACGUGCGCUACUGGCCCACGGAGCCCGGCGACUACGCCGUGCACGUCGUCUGUGACGACCAGGACAUCAAGGACAGCCCCUUCAUCGCCCACAUCCUCCCCGCAGCCAAUGACAGCUUCCCCGAGAAGGUGAAAGCCUUCGGCCCAGGCCUGGCCCCCACCGGCUGCAUCGUGAACAAACCCGCCGAAUUCACCAUCGACGCCCGCAGAGCCGGGAAGGGCGAGCUGAAGAUCUACGCUCAGGACGCUGAGGGAAUCACCAUCGAUAUCCAGAUCACGGAUAAAGGCGACGGCACCUACAUCUGCGUCUACAUCCCAACCAAGCCCAUCAAACACACCAUCAUCAUCGCCUGGGGCGAGGUCAACAUUCCCAACAGCCCCUUCAGGGUGGCCAUCGGGGAGGGCAGUCACCCGGAGAAGGUGAAGGUGUACGGCCCAGGGGUGGAGAAGACGGGCCUGAAGGCCAACGAGCCCACCUACUUCACCGUGGACUGCAGUGAGGCCGGGCAGGGUGACAUCAGCAUCGGGAUCAAGUGCGCUCCCGGUGUAGUGGGCCCGGCGGAAGCGGACAUCGACUUCGACAUCAUCAAGAACGACAACGACACCUUCACCGUGAAGUACACCCCGCCGGCUGCUGGGCGAUACACCAUCAUGGUGCUGUUCGCUGAGAAGGAGAUCUCCACCAGCCCCUUCAAGAUCAAAGUGGACCCCUCCCACGACGCGGGCAAGGUCAGGGCCGAGGGCCCCGGGCUCAACAAGACUGGCGUGGAGGUGGGCAAGCCCACGCACUUCACCAUCUACACCAAGGGCGCCGGGAAGGCCCAGCCCAGCGUGCAGUUCACCGGCGGGGCCAAGGGCGAGGCUGUGCGGGACUUCGAGAUCAUCGACAACCACGACUACUCCUACACCGUGAAGUACACCGCCCUGCAGCAGGGAAACCUGUCCAUCUUGGUCACACACGGGGGCGACCCCAUCCCCAAGAGCCCCUUCAACAUCACCGUGGCGUCCGCCCUCCACCUCAACAAGGUCAAAGUUCAAGGGCUGAACAACAAGGUGGAGGUGGGGAAGGAUCAGGAGUUCUCCAUCGAUACUCGGGGUGCCGGGGGCCAGGGUCAGCUGGACGUCAAGAUCACCUCGCCCUCCCGCCGGCCAAUCCCGUGCAAGGUGGAGUCGGACACAGCCAAUGGGACGCACUCGGUGAAGUACAUCCCCCCGGAGGAGGGGCAGUAUGCGGUGGACAUCGCCUACGACGGACACCCGGUCACUGGGAGCCCCUUCUCUGUGGAGGGGGUCAUGCCCCCCGACCCCACUAAGGUGCGUGCGUAUGGCCCGGGCCUGAAAGGGGGGAUCGUGGGGAAGCCGGCGCCCUUCGCCAUCGACACCAAGGGCGCGGGCACGGGCGGCCUGGGCCUGACGGUGGAGGGCCCGUGCGAGGCCAAGAUCGAGUGCCAGGACAACGGGGACGGGUCGUGCUCCGUGUCCUACCUGCCCACGGAGGCGGGCGAGUACUCCAUCAACAUCCUGUUCGCCGAGGCGCACAUCCCCGGCUCGCCCUACAAGGCGUCCGUGCUGCCGGCCUUCGACCCCAGCAAGGUGACGGCGAGCGGGCCGGGCCUGGAGCGGGGCACGGCGCGGGAGGCCGGCCGCUUCACCGUCGACUGCUCCAAGGCCGGCGAGGCGGAGCUCACCAUCGAGAUCGUGUCCGAGUCGGGCGCCGCCGCCGAGGUGCACAUCCAGAACAACGCCGACGGCACCUACGCCAUCACCUACACCGCGCCCUUCCCCGGCGCCUACACCAUCACCAUCAAGUACGGCGGCCACACCGUGCCCAAGUUCCCCGCCAAGCUGCAGGUGGACCCCGCCGUGGACACCAGCAGCGUGAAGGUCCACGGCCCGGGGGUGGAGCCUCGAGGAGUCCUGCGCGAGGUCACCACCCACUUCAUCGUCGACGCCCGCGGCCUGACCAAGACCGGCGGCGCCCACCUGAAGAUCAGGAUCGUUAACCCCUCCAGCGCCAACACCGACGCCUACAUCACCGACAAGGGGGACGGGACCUACAGAGUGGAGUACACUGCCUACGAGGACGGUAUGCACCUGAUCGAGGUGCUGUACGACGAGGUGUCCGUCCCUCAGAGCCCCUUCAAGGUGUCGGUGACGGAGGGGUGCGACCCCACCCGCGUCCGCGCCUACGGGCCCGGCCUGGAGGGGGGCCUGGUCAACAAGCCCAACUGCUUCACCGUGGAGACCAGGGGCGCUGGCACCGGGGGCCUGGGUCUGGCCAUCGAGGGCAGCUCGGAGGCUAAGAUGUCCUGCAAAGACAACAAGGACGGCAGCUGCAGUGUGGAGUACCUCCCCUUCACGCCCGGAGACUACGACGUCAACAUCACCUUCGGAGGACACCCUAUCCCAGGCAGCCCGUUUCGCGUGGCUGUCCGGGACGUGGUGGACCCCAGUAAGGUGAAGUGUUCGGGUCCAGGGCUGGGGAGCGGGGUCAGGGCCCACGUCCCCCAGACCUUCACUGUGGACACCAGCAAGGCUGGGAUCGCCCCUCUGGAGGUGCAGAUACUCGGGCCUACAGGCACGGCAGAGCCAGUCAGCAUCAAGGACAACAGUGACGGCACACACACGGUGAACUACACCCCGGCCAGUGAUGGUCCCUACACCGUGUCCGUGAAAUACGCCGCCCAGGAGGUCCCCCGCAGCCCGUUUAAGAUCCGGUCUCUGCCGGCUCAUGACGCCAGUAAGGUGCGGGCCAGCGGGCCGGGGCUCAACGCCGCCGGGGUCCCCGCCAGCCUCCCUGUGGAGUUCACCAUCGACGCCCGGGACGCAGGAGAGGGGCUGCUGACCGUCCAGAUCCUGGACCCGGAGGGGAAGCCCAAGAAGGCGAACAUCAGGGACAACGGUGACGGCACCUACACCGUGUCCUACGUGCCGGACAUGACCGGCCGCUACACCAUCACCAUCAAAUACGGCGGAGACGAGAUCCCCUACUCUCCCUACCGCAUCAACGCCCUGCCCACCGGGGACGCCAGCAAGUGCCUGCUCACAGUGUCUAUUGGGGGACAUGGACUGGGCGCUGGUCUGGGCCCCAGCAUCCAGAUCGGACAGGAGACACUCAUCACCGUGGACGCAAAGGCUGCUGGGAAGGGAAAGGUCACCUGCAAGGUGUCGACCCCCGACGGGGCGGAGCUGGACGUGGACGUGGUGGAGAACCACGACGGCACCUUCGACAUCUACUACACCGCCCCGGAGCCCGGGAAGUACGUCAUCACCAUCCGCUUCGGAGGAGUCAACAUUCCCAAGAGCCCCUUCCACGUGGCGGCCACGGAGGAGCCCGUCGUCCCCGUGAGCGCCGGCGAGCCCUCGCUCCGCCCCUUCCACCUGGUCAUCCCCUUCACCGUGCAGAAGGGCGAGAUCACAGGUGAGGUGCGCAUGCCGUCAGGGAAGAAAGGCCGCCCCCACAUCACGGACAACAGGGACGGCACGGUGACGGUGAAGUACGCCCCCACUGAGAGGGGACUGCACGAGAUGGACAUCAAGUACGAGGGCAACCACAUACCAGGAAGUCCGCUGCAGUUCUUCGUGGACGCCAUUCUGAGUGGUCAUGUGACGGCCUACGGCCCCGGGCUGACCCACGGCACGGUCAACAAGCCCACCACCUUCACCAUCAUCACCAAGGACGCCGGGGAAGGCGGCCUGUCUCUGGCCGUCGAGGGUCCGUCCAAGGCUGAGAUCACCUGCAAGGACAACAAAGACGGCACCUGCACCGUGUCCUACCUGCCCACCGCCCCGGGCGACUACAACAUCAUCGUCAAGUUCGACGACAAGCACAUCCCUGGCAGCCCUUUCACCGCCAAGAUCACAGGAGACGACACCAUGAGGACGUCUCAGCUGAACGUGGGCACAGCGACCGAAGUGUCGCUGAAGAUCAUGGAGACGGACCUGAGCUCUCUGACCGCCAGCAUCCGCGCGCCGUCCGGGAACGAGGAGCCCUGUCUGCUGAAGAGGCUGCCCAACCGCCACAUCGGGAUCUCCUUCACGCCGAAGGAGGUGGGGGAGCACGUGGUGAGCGUGAGGAAGCAGGGCAAGCACGUGACCAACAGCCCGUUUAAGAUCAUGGUGGGCCAGUCCGAGAUCGGCGACGCCAGCCGCGUCAAGGUCUCCGGCAAGGGCCUGGUGGAGGGCCACACCUUCGAGGUGGCCGAGUUCAUCGUGGACACCAGGAACGCAGGUUACGGAGGUCUGGGGUUGUCCAUCGAGGGUCCGAGUAAAGUGGACAUAAACUGUGGAGAUGUGGAGGACGGGACGUGCAAGGUGACCUACUGCCCCACUGAACCGGGCACCUACGUCAUCAACAUCAAGUUCGCCGACAAGCACGUGCCAGGAAGUCCGUUCACAGUGAAGGUGACGGGAGAAGGGAGGAUGAAGGAGAGCAUCACCAGGAAGAGGCAGGCCUCCUCCAUCGCCAGCGUGGGCAGCACCUGCGACCUCAACCUCAAAAUCCCAGGGAGCUGGUUCCAGAUGGUGUCGGCUCAGGAGCGCCUGACGCGCACGUUCACGCGCAGCAGCCACACGUACACGCGCACGGAGCGCACGGAGAUCAGCAAGACGCGCGGCGGGGAGACCAAGCGCGAGGUGCGCGUGGAGGAGAGCACGCAGCACGGGGGCGCCGCAGACCCCUUCCGCAACGUGUUCGGCGACUUCCUGGGCCGCGAGAGCCUCACCAGCUUCGGCGGGAUCCCGCAGAGACAAGAGGGUGAGACAGGUACCCAGGAGAUGACUGCGCAGGUGACCAGCCCCGGGGGCAAGAUGGCGGACGCUGACAUCAUCGAGGGCGAGGACAGCACCUACAGCAUCCGCUUCGUCCCGCUGGAGAUGGGGCCCCACACCGUCAACGUCAAGUACCGGGGCCAGCACGUGCCCGGGAGCCCCUUCCAGUUCACCGUGGGGCCCCUGGGGGAGGGAGGGGCCCACAAGGUCCGGGCCGGGGGCACCGGGCUGGAGAGGGGCGUAGCAGGAGUCCAAGGGGAGUUCAGUAUCUGGACUCGGGAGGCAGGUGCUGGGGGUUUGUCCAUCGCUGUGGAGGGCCCCAGCAAGGCUGAGAUCUCCUUUGAGGACAGGAAGGACGGGUCCUGUGGGGUGUCCUACAUGGUCCAGGAGCCAGGUGAUUAUGAGGUGUCAAUCAAGUUUAACGACGAGCACAUCCCAGACAGCCCGUUCGUUGUGCCCGUUGCCACGGUAUCGGACGACGCCCGACGACUGACCGUCACCAGCCUCCAGGAGACAGGGUUGCAGGUGAAUCAGGAGGCCUCGUUUGCGGUGCAGCUGAAUGGAGCGCGGGGCGUGAUCGACGCCAAGGUGCACACGCCCUCCGGCGUGACGGAGGAGUGCUACAUCACCGAGCUGGACAGCGACAAGCACGCGAUCCGCUUCAUCCCGCGGGAGAACGGCGUUCACUCCAUCGACGUGCGUUUCAGUGGCGCCCACAUCCCCGGCAGCCCCUUCAAGAUCCGCGUGGGCGAGCCGGGGCAGGCCGGGGACCCGGGCAUGGUGUCCGCCUUCGGCCCCGGACUGGAGGGAGGCACCACAGGUGUGCCCUCUGAGUUCAUCGUGAACACGUGUAACGCGGGCCCCGGGGCCCUGUCCGUCAACAUCGACGGGCCCUCCAAGGUGAAGAUGGACUGCAGCGAGUGCCCUGAAGGAUACAAGGUCACCUACACCCCCAUGGCCCCCGGAAACUAUCUCAUCUCCAUCAAGUACGGAGGGCCCCAGCACAUCGUAGGCAGCCCCUUCAAAGCCAAAGUCACAGGCACCCGUCUCUCAGGAGGACACAGCCUGCAUGAAACCUCAUCCGUUCUCGUGGAAACCGUCACCAAGACGUCCACCGUGGGCGGAGCCUACGGCUCCAUGCCCAAAUUCACCUCAGACGCCAGCAAGGUGGUGUCCCGCGGGCCCGGUCUCACCAAGUCCUUCAUGGGGCAGAAGAACCUCUUCACUGUGGACUGCAGUAAAGCAGGGACGAACAUGCUGAUGGUGGGCAUCCACGGACCCAAGACUCCCUGCGAGGAGGUGUACGUCAAACACACGGGCAACAGGGUCUACAACGUGACGUACACCGUGCGCGAGAAGGGCGAAUACAUCGUCAUCGUCAAGUGGGGAGACGAGAACAUCCCCGGGAGUCCCUUCCGCGUCUCCGUGCCCUAGAACCCCCCCCACUCCCCCCCUCCCCCCUCCCCCGACUCCAAUGGACCUAUCCCUGAAACGCACUAAAAAAUGCAAAGACUUUCCUAUUCAAGCAUUCAAAGUGCCAAAUCUUUAUUAACCUUUGAGCAUGCCCUUUGUGACAUCAUCGCAGCCAUGUUCCAUGCCAAUCAUCACAAACCAGGUUUCAUUUCCCUUUGAUGGAAAUAUUAAUAAUAACAGUUUCCUGAUGAGUGUGAAUGUAGAAUUUGGAAACAGGUUCUUUCUUUUCAACUUGAAUUGGCCAAAUCUCAUCAGUUUUUAUGUUUUAAUGAGCUAAACGCACCAGCUUCUUUCAGCCAAGGACACAAAAGCACAAAGUGCCAUGUUUUGUACAAGCACAGGAAACCAUCAGCAACUACAGUACUGUUAGGAGAAUUUAUUUAUUUAGAGAUUUUCUUUAUGAAAGAAAAUGUGUCUGUUUGAGAAGGCAAGCCAACAAACUGCAUUAUGGGAGAGUGCCUGUGCGGUGUCAUGAUCCAAAAUCAAAAAGAAUGUGAUUGGUGACAAGGUUUUGUACGGUGAAAGACAGACAGAUGUACCAAUGGUUUGCUACAUGAAUGUUAAAAUGGAAGUUGAAAUCGUACUGCAGCCAAGAGUGACAUUUUAUAGUGUUUUUUGUAUGUAUGUAUUAAGUGAAAAGAAAAAAAAAAUCUAAUGGUUUGAUAUAUUAACCUGUUUGGUAAGACUUUGCAGAUGUAAUAAAAAAUUAACUGCUAACUUGCCACAAAAA